CGACAAGGAGUCAGUUUGUAAAUAACAGCUAAACUACUAUUCAAAGCCUUAAAAAGAUUACCUUUUACAGUUGGGACAUCAUCAUGUUUCUUCAAACCAACGAGAAGUUUCAGCUCACAAACACACUUCUUGUUAAAUGACUAAAAUACCCUUCUCAUCUUGAGUCAGGAUGGAAGCAAGCUGCACCACCAGCAAGUGAUACCUUUUACGGUUGUUAUAGAUUGUUUAAGCUGGUGGGUAUUUUUGGUAAUGCUUAAAUUUGAAGCCUUUUCUUGAGUUGGGUUAUGUUAAGUCUUUGGAUUUUUUUUUUUUAAGAUUUUUGUUGGAUUAUUCAAUGAAAACUUGCUAUUCUAGAUGUGUAUGUGGGAAGUAAUGGAGGGAGUGAGGAGUUUCAAUGUGGAGGAGCUAUUUGGAAAUUUGAGGCUUUUCUACACAAGGGUUUUGAGUGUUGGUGAUGGAAUUAUAAUGAGAUAUUGUAAAAUUUGGGCUUUUCAGUCUAUAAAUGUUGUUAUUGGAAUUGGGUCAUUGUUGUCUUUCCUUUUUGCCAUAACAUGUGCAUAUUUGUAUUUGUUUCCAAGUGUUCAACCUGCAAUUCCUAGUUAUGAGAUUCCUAAGGCAGUUAUUUCGGUUGCGAAAUGCAAUGUUGCUGAUGGGAAAUGGAUCCAAGAUCAAACUUACCCUUUGUACAAUGCCUCACAAUGUCCAUUUGCAGAAAGGGGAUUUAGUUGUUUGGUGAAUGGAAGGAGAGAUAGGGGUUAUGAAAAAUGGAGGUGGAAGCCAAAAAACUGUGAGAUUCCAAGGUUUAAUGCAAGAGAUAUUCUCAUAAAGCUUAGUGGGAAAAGAGUGGUUUUGGUUGGUGAUUCAUUGAGUAGAACUCAAUGGGAGUCUUUGAUAUGUAUGCUGAUGACUGGUGUGGAUGAUAAGAGAAGUGUUUAUGAAGUGAAUGGGAAUAAAAUCACCAAACAGAUUAGAUUUUUGGGUGUAUGGUUUUCUACUUAUAAUCUUAGAAUUGACUUUUAUAGGUCAGUUUUUCUAGUGCAGCCUAGUUCUGCUCCAAGGCGAUCACCAAAGAGGGUUAAAUCAACUCUCAGACUUGAUCUGUUGGAUGAUAUUAGCAGAGAAUGGAUUGAUUCUGAUGUGUUGAUAUUCAAUUCAGGGCACUGGUGGACUCCAACAAAGCUUUUCGAAAUGGGCUGCUAUUUUCAGGUAGGCAAAUCACUAAAGCUGGGAAUGCCAAUCAAGACUGCCUUCAAAAAAGCAUUAAGCACUUGGGCAUCUUGGGUUGAGACAACAAUCAACACAAACAGAACAAGUGUCUUUUUUCGCACUUUUGAAUCGUCCCACUGGGGGGGAAAGAACCGUAACACAUGUAAGGUGACCCGACAUCCAUGGGCAAACACCAGAGGGCGCGAACGAAGCUCAAUUUCAGACAAUAUAAUCAAAGUUGUAAAGAAAAUGAGAGUACCUGUUAAACUUCUACACGUGACACGGAUGGGAGCAUUCAGAAGCGACGGGCAUGUUGGUACUUGGGGCGAUAAUCCAUCAGUGUCGGAUUGCAGCCAUUGGUGUCUACCUGGUGUGCCUGAUAUGUGGAAUGAGAUUCUCUUGUCAACUCUGCUAGCUGACCAUGAAUAACUUUCCUCUCCAAUGAGCUAUGAAACAGGAUUGGAGUCUAACUUGUAAGAUAAUUCUUUUUGAAGCCAUUCUUAGGAAAAAAAAAUCUAAAUAAAAAUAAUAAAUUGCUGAAUAAGUUUACAUUGCAGAGAAGGUGUAUCUAUAUGUGUACUCUCUACUCAUGUUUUCUACUAAGAUUUGUAGCUAAGUUGUACUGAAUUUUUGCUUAUCAUUACAAUAUACUAAAUUAAUACUUUAA